AUGUCAACCACAACAACCCAAACUCACGUCCAGAACGGCUCUUUCCACAGCGCUGUCCUUCGGGACUACGAACUUCAUCAUUCCCAAAGCCGUGAAGAAUCACCAGCUGCUCACUCACCUUCGAACUCAGUGGACCAUCCUGAAUUCGACCUGCCGCAUCGCCGUGUUCCUUCUUACAGACCGCUUAACCGCAAUCCAGAGCAUAUCAAUGGCGUGAGAGUUUAUACAAGUACUCCUGAGCUGUUCUUCAUUACUGCUAUGUUUCGAGGAUUGAAUUUCAAUGCUGGUGUGGCGCAGACUUGGAGGGCUUCUGUUGGGAGGUUUACGGAUAAGGUUUGGAAGUAUCCUAUCGGUGGGGAGUUCUAG